UUCAAUGUUGACAUGAUUUUAUAUGUGUACUACCUACCUGUCUAACCUAGUACUUAACCAACAAUCUAUUCGUAUAUACCUAACUUCUUUUACAUACUCCAACUCUUUACACACAUGUUCAUAGUAAGAUUUAUCUCGACAUUUUUCACUUCAAAAAUCGACAAACUAUAAAUACCUACGGAAAGGGAAUAUGGAUACGCACUCAAACGACGAUCCGCCACCAGCAUCACAGGCUAGCUCGCACUUCCCCUUUCUAGAACCCGUGUCCGGCGACAUCCUGUACGGUCUCGAGGUCAAAAGGCGGCAAGACCUCAGACGCAGAGGCCGCGUGCGCACGGGGUGCAGGGAGAUUGACGACGCGGUGUUGAAGGGCGGGUUUGAUCGUGGUAGCGUGGUCGGUGUUAGUGCGGAGGACGGGGAUGUUGGGCUUUUGGUCGGCCUGCAAACAGCAGCGCACACCCUAGUGUUCGGGGACCAGUCGCUGCGCCAGGAAAAAGUAGCAAUCGUCACCACGCUGCCAGCCACGGCCGUGCUCCCCCUGCUGCGGGACGUGGUGAGGGCGCAGGUCCAGGUGAAGCUGGGCUCGGCGAGACAGAGGGAGGCGGAGGCGGAGGUGGAGGUGAGGCGGUGUCUGGAAAGGAUUAGCGUGUCGAGGGUUUUUGAUGUUGAAGGCUUGUGGGAGGUGGUUAGUGAGUUGGAGGCGCCUGUGCCUGUUGCUGCGUGUGACGGCGUCGCUGCUGCUGCUGCUGCUGCUGCUGCUGAUACUACGACUGUUCUACACGAGGAAGAAGGAGACGCAGAAGUGGUUAGCGCGGCUGUGGAAAUGGAUGAACAGGAGACAACGAAGACCGCUAGAAUUGGAGAAGAAGAUGAUAAUGAGAAAGAAGAUGAGGAGGAGGAGAAGAAGAAGGAGAAGGAGACGACAGCAGCAGCGACUCUACCUCCCCUCAGACCUCAGCAGCGGCGCACAGAGGUAUUGGAUAGCGAGUACGACGAAAACGAACAGCUGAGCUUGCCCUCGGCGUCUUCUUCGCCUUUAUCUUCACCUCCAGACAGUAUCCGAUCUCCGUCUAUUAGUGAUAUUCCUGCUCCUGCGAUUAUUACGCCUACACAAAUAUCAGCAGCAGCAGCAGCAGCAGCAGCAGCAUCACCGACAGUAGCAAAGCAAGAAGAGCCCCAGCACCAGCAGGAACAAACCUCCCACACCCCCGACCUAAUAAUAAUAACCCACUUCUCCGCCCUCCUCACCAACCUCUUCACCCGCGCCACCGCAGCCGGCACCGGCAACAGUAACAACAACAACAGCAAAACGUCAGCACAUACUACGCUACAGCUAUUAUCCUCGCAUCUGCGGUGCUUGGCACGCUCGUCCGCCGGGCCACUUGUUAUGCUGCUUAAUACUACUACUACUACCACCACCACCACCACCUCGUCAUCUGCUUCUUAUCCGACUACAAACAUGAAAACCACGAAGCCUCCGUUGGAACCCACGCUCCGGUCAAUAUUCGCACCAACGCCCACAACAAUCAUCGGAGGAGGGGCAGGGGGGGCAGGUAUAACAACAACAACCAAACCAGCCUUCGGCGCCACCUUCGCGCAGUUCCUAGACCUACACCUCCUGUGCACCUCCAUCCCGCGCCGUCGAGGCGACGCCGCCGCGGCUUCUUCUUCUUCGGCGGCGGCGGCGGGGACGGUUCGGCACGCGACCGUGGUCGAGGUCUUGCUGGACGAACUGGUUGUCUGGGAGCGGGAGGGCGAUGGCGAUGGCGGCAGCAGUUCUGAUACUACUACCAGGUCUACCACCACUACUACCACCACCCCAGCGAAAUGGAAAAGAACCAACAGAGAACAACGAUGGGGCGCCGUGGAGGCUCGCGCGGGGGCCGCUAGACUCGUCGACGCGUCUGUGGCUGUCGGGGACGCAAAAGACUCGAGGUUUCAGGGGCCUUUUCGGAUCGCGGGUGGGUUUGGGGGGCCGCCGCCAAGGGGGCUGUGAGGAGCGUGAGGGAGUUGUUAGGGAAUGGGCGGGCGGGUGAGGUGGAGGUGGGGGUCGAAGUUGUUCGUGUAUUUGAGGGUCGUAAUGGACUUGAUCAGGGGACAUACUUCGCGAAUAUCUAUCUACCUAAGUACUACCACAUUUAAAAGUUAGAUUUCAUGGGAUGCCUUCCUUCUUAAUAAUGUAUCGAAGGUCUCUACCAUGAGAAAUAAUCACGAUGACAUCGAACCGGAUUCAGUAUAGAG